CGCGGUACAAAUAUGAUGUUUUAGUUCCUUCUAGACGAUUGGACACACGGAGUGGGUUUUACGUUUCAGUUUUUGUAUUUUUUUAUGUUGAUAUAAAUUAUUUUAAGUUCAAGAAAAUUGAUUCCAUUAUUCUUUUAAUAAAUCAACACUGUCUAAAAUUGGUAUGGCUACCGCGCAUUUAAUGAAUGGACAUACACAUCAUCUGAUGAAUGGAACAUUAAAUCCUCACAUGGCUAUGAAUGGGUACCCGAUAGAUCAAAAAGUCGAAGCUGAUCAACAGAAUAUAGACGAUGAAAAUGCUACAAACUUAAUUAUAAAUUAUCUGCCACAAGAAAUGACAGAAGAAGAGCUCCGAACUUUAUUCUCAUCCAUAGGACCUCUGGAAUCAUGUAAACUUAUUCGUGAUAAGGUCACUCGUGCAAGUCUAGGUUACGCCUUCGUAAAAUAUGAGCGUACUAACGAUGCCAAAAAAGCUAUCGAAUCUCUACAGGGAAUGAAGUUAACAAACAAAACCAUCAAAGUAAGUGUGGCCAGACCAAGUUCCAACGAAAUAAAGAACGCCAAUCUCUACGUCAGUGGCCUACCAUUAACAGUCACAGAACAUGAACUACGAGUUCUGUUUGCAAGAUAUGGUCCUAUUAUAACGAGCAAGGUUUUAUAUGAUGAAUCAAGUCAAAGUCGAGGAGUUGGAUUUGUUCGUUACGAUAAAAGGGCGGACGCAGAAGCAGCCAUCAAUGGGUUAAACAAUCGCAUUCCUGAAUUAAAUGGUGCUAUCAAACCUCUUACUGUGAAGUUCGCCAACCCUCCAUCUCAGAAAAUACAGCCGUACCUCGAUAUACUGACACAAGCAAAAGGUCUUGCUGGGUCAGCAUUUUUGCGACAGGCUGUUGGUUUAUCUCAGCUGUCUCCAAUGAGUUCAACAGGAGCCUCACUUUCAACUUCUCCCAUUGCUUCACCACUGUCACCCAAUUCAGCAUCGUUGCUACGCAACAACAUGGUGGUCAAUCAAGCGGCAUCGGCUUCGACAUUAAGCGGAAUUCAAAACUCAUCUUGGUGUGUUUUUGUAUACAACCUUCCAUCAGACGCCACCGAGCUCACACUCUUUCAGCUGUUUUCAAAAUUUGGAGCCAUACAAAGCACUCGAGUGGUUUAUGAUGAAAACACGAAAAAAUGCAAAGGUUUUGGAUUUGUAAACAUGGCGCAUUAUGAAGACGCAACUAUGGCUAUUCUACACUUAAACGGAUACUGUUGCGAAAGAGGAAAGCCUCUACAAGUGUCGUUCAAGCGUCCCAAAAGCCAAGGUAAUUUAUCUAUGGCUUAAGAUAUUGGCUAAAUCAUCUUUUAUUUUGAAUGUGGGAAGAUCUUUUGUCGUUGUUGUUGCUGUUUUUUUGUGAUGUUUUUAAAAUAAGAGUUUCAGAGCUGUACUCGAAGUAUUAAAUUAUAAUAGUUAUUAUGGCGCUUAAAGUUCCCACGUAAAAACUUCAUUUUUUUAAGUUGUUGUGUAAAUGAGAGAAUGUAGAAAGUUUUUCAAAUGAAGAACAAAAAACAAUAGCUGGAAUGAGGCAGCUUAAUGUAUAAUAGUUUGUAUGUAGUGUUAGAGCAAGUUAAAAUUAUAAAUAGUUAUACAACGCCCUAUCGACGCAAAGGCUUCAAACGCUUUCCAAUACAGUAGUUUCCCGAGAAUACUUACGAUGGAGGGUGAUUUUUUAGCCUCUGCGUAGAAGGGGUAAUAUUUUUUGGUUUGGCUUUCAGUUUUUGAAUGUUUCGUAAUAAUACGUAAAUCAAAUAUUUGUGAAAAGAAUUAUUUCUAGAUUUUAGAAUGAACAAAACUCGUUUCCUGUUUGUUGACAUGUUAGGGUAAUUGCUUAAAAGCCAUCUUUUGAAACCACCUUUUUGGAACUUCGUCAUAACAUUCAUUUUGGCACGGUUUAAAACUCAAAAUGCACAUUUUGUAGAUUCUAAAGUUUUUUGUAAUGACAUUUUAAAACUGUCAAUGCUAUUCGUCGAUAUAAAUCUCCUUUGUACAGAUUUUUGUGGUUUGACCCUAUUCUGUUGCAAUUAGACCGUGAGUCAAAAUUGUUUAAAGAAUUUCUCGCUAAACAAAUCUACUCUAAGUUCUUUGAAAGUAUGACAACUAAUUACUUACGUUCUUUCAAAGUAUAACACUUUACUAGUACGUGAUCUCAUGGCGUAUUUUUCUGUCAGCAAACUUUUAAAACUAGGGAAUUUUAGCUAUUGAGUUAGAAAGUCCACAGGAGGAGUGUUUUUCUCAAACUUUGAUAGAACAUAUGUUUUUUACUCUGUUUUUCUUAUAUAAAAUAUAUUGCAGAUUUUACAAAAAAGAGGUUUUAUUGAAAUUUACGCGUCGUUAAAAUUAUAUGGUACGAAGUAACACAAAAAGAAAAAUAUAUGUUACAUAUGAAAAAAUGAAAUGAAAUUUUGCGAAUAUUUUUUCGUCAGUGUUACGAUAUUUAUAAUAUCGAAAGCAUUCGACACGCACGAAAAAAUAUUCGUUAAACUUCUUAAUCGUUAGGAUUAUGGUUGCGUUUUCGUUUUUGUUGUUUUUUUUAUUUCGUUACUUAUUUGUUUGUUAUUAUUAUUAUGAAUUAUGAUAACGUCAUAUAUCAUGAGCAUUUUAAAAAACGUAUAUAUAUUUAUUAAAAUGAAUUUGCUCCUAAGGAGGACGGUGUUACUUUAUUACAGUAUAUAUGCAAGGCAUUGUGGGACAGGUUCCCAUAAUGCAUUUCGGCAAGGAGAAAAUAUUUUGUUCAGUUCUUUGUAUGUGGGAUUUCCUUUGGAAUAUAUGAAAACUUCUAUGAAUACCAGGGUUGGUUUGGCAUUUCUCUUUGCCGAUAUUUUGUUACGUUACAUUUACGAGAAAGUUUCGUUGUUAAGUUACAUUUAUGAGAAAGUUACGUUUAUCUCGUUAUAUUUACGAGAAAAGUUACGUUUUGUCACGCUCUUUAUGUUAUAAUGCACGUUUAUGUUUUGGAAAAAGAAUUUAUUACAGCACAAAUUCUCAUCGUAUAAGAAAAGAAUAUAUUUAUGUCGUAAAUUAAAAACCUCUUAGGCAAAAAAAACUUUUUUAUUGAACCAUGUAUGUCGACAAUGAACUCGCGUUUUAUGUCGACAAUAUUCCUCUAUAGCUUGAAAUUGAUCUAGAGUUUAAUUAUUGACUUUUCAAUUGCGCAUUUCAUGAUGGAGGACUUUCAUAACAUAGUGGAGAACUUUCAUAACAUAGUGGAGAACUUUCAUAACAUAGUGGAGAACUUUUAAAACAUGAUAAAAAGCGCAAAUUUUUACAACAAAACGUAUGCAAUUUUUUUUGUAAGCGUUUAAUAUAGUUUUUUAGCGAGGAUUAGCGAUUUUCUUUCAUCUUUAUCGCUUUCAAAAAAACAAUAUUUUAAAAGCAUACUUUUAUUUUCCAUAUUACAUUUAACUGAAUUUCUGUACGCAUGCGCGUAAAUACAAUGAUUCAAAAGCAUAGCAGAUGUUUAUUUUAUUCUGAUUCUUCUCUUCCCUUUAAAUGACAGGUGUUUUUAAUUAUAAAAAUCAAUCUUUGGGUUUUCACUGAGUCAUGAUUCACCUACUAUAUAUAUCCCACACAAUAUUUUUUCGGUAAAAUUAUUAUCUUGAACUUGCUAAAAACAGCCUUUUUAGAUUACGUCAGCACUCGGUAAUUGCCGACGCGACCGCUGAUAUGUUAACAACAAGAAAAACAAUUCUCGUUUGAAACGCUGUUAUGCUUUCAUAUCAUGAGAACCUUCUUUGAGACAUUUCCGUGCAAACCCUAAAAUUUUUAAACAUUGACUUUUAAAAUGGAUAGAUUAGCAAUAUUUCUGAUAUGAGUUCCUGCUUCUUGUGGGUUCUUUGUUUCCCCUAAAUCGACAAUAGUCACGAAUUCGAAAAACGGAAUUAUUUAUUGUUGUUCACCUGACCUCUCUUUAUAUUUGUGGAGGUUUUCUAUUUUAAAAGUGCGAAACAUAAGAAGAUAGAUCAUAAAAUAUUUUACUGUGUAGUAGCUGUUCUCAUAAUUCGCACGCAGCAACAGUCUUGUUUCAGGCAAUAAAUAAUUAGUUAUAAACUUAAACAAUUUCUUAGGUUCUUUUAUCAAAAAAUUAAGAACACCGAAAUUUUAAGUUAAAAAAAGGCGUAAAAGUUUUUUUACGUUUCGAGCAAUUUACAGCUAAAUUAAGACAAGGUUGUUCUUUAAAACCUGCUAUAUUUCAAACAAGUAAAAUUAUAAUCAUAAAAAGGUUAACUUUAAUUUGUCAUCACGACUCACUAAUCCCAGUUUGUUCAUCCUUACUUAAUAACAGCACGGUAGCUAUAUCGUCAUAAUCAAUAAGUCAACUAACGAACUAAAAAAAGAUGGAGGAAGUAAUUCAUUGGAUUGCUAUCAUUUGCUGUCAUGACAACAAAUUAAUGCUAAUCGCUGCUCUUACAUACAUAAACUGCUAAAAGGAAAACCCCAGACAAAUCAAUCAAUAAGAUCUGACAAUCCAACCUCGUCCCCAGCUUUUCUUGGCUUUAUUUCACAUUGGGUUCACCUGGGGACGAGACAAAAAGUCUUAUGGCUUACCAUUGUAUUAUGUUGGACUUUGCAAAACGCACUUAUAAAUUAAAAGAAUUAAAAGAAGCUGUUAGUGAGAAUCACAAUGUAAAAAGAAAUGAAUGUGAACCAGCAUUUUGACUUUAUCCAUUUCCAACAAUCCAAAGCGUAAAGCGGAAAGCCAUAUUGUUUUGAAUAAACUCUUUGUGAUGGUAGACACUUUGUUUUAAUGAUACAAUAUUUGCACUCUGGUUGCAGCAUGUUGAUAAAUAUCUCACCAACAAACUCAUUGGAAUAAUAUCCGUCAGCCUUUUCUUCUUUGUAUUAGCACUCUAACCUUUGCCAUAAAUUAUCUCGUGAAAUGACAGUUAGUUGAUACCUAGAUAUGUCCAUGAAAUAUAACUUCAGCCAAUAAGGCAAUCUUUUAUUUUCUCCGAUCCAACCAUGUUUUAUUGCCAAGGAAUCUUCAAAAGAGAGAGACUGAAACUUUUCUGUAUACUCUUUCAGUAACAAACGUUCUCGAUGCUCUAAUUCAUCAUCAAUAGGGACACCUUCUUCAUAAGCAAAAAAGUAGUGAAGUGAGGAAUUUAAGCAUGUAGCAAUAAAAGCUUGCCCAAGAAGAGAGAAGAGGCUAUCUAGCUAGCUUUGUAGCUACCACAUACCUUGCUACUAAGGUGUCGACGAACCGUUUAAAUGUUUCUUUCUGAUAGUUAAGUACUGUUUAAAUGUAAUAGUUUGUUGACAUUAUAAACAUUCGCUUUUGAGCGAUUUAAAUAUUUACUCAAAAACUUUUUUCGCUGUAAUUUUUGUGCAGAACAAGGUUUAACAUUUCAUUAAAAGAAGUCAUUAUUUUA